AUGAAGAGCCUGAAGCCCGCGCCGAAACCCGGUGGUAACGCGAAGACGACGUCAAAACCGCGACGAAGAACUUCUCGUGGCAGGACAUCGCGGGCACUCAAGAAGGCCAAGUGUGAUGGCGACCAACCAUGCAAGCUCUGCCGGGCCACCGAGAGUGAAUGUGCCUACUCGGCCAGACGGAGAGAGGCGAGAAACUAUUACUACCAGAUGCGAGAAGUCACCGACCUGGCCCUGCAACAGCUGUAUUGGGCCAGUCGAAGAAGAACAGGCUUCCCCGGCGACAUCCCUGACGAGUCCAAAGGCGAGGUCUCGACGACCGAGAUUCUAAAGGGACUGGGCCUUUGGAGACCCUGUCUGGACGAAUUUAACUUCCCAGGCGAGGUGGUCGACCCGUCGAGACACACCUUUAAGAACAGCAAUAAUAACAAUGAUAACACAGGCGGGGGUGUGCAGAGACACCUCGAAGCUAUGGACCCAUGCCACGAGCUCGAGGACAUCGACAAGCAAUCCGCCACGUCGACCGCUUCGACAUCUAGUAGCCCCCGAACGUCCCACGGGCGGGUAUUCACGACGAGCAAUAAUACCACCGACAACAGCACCAACACCCCUCUCAACCCGGACGUCCACGCGCAGGCUGAAGAGAUGGACAUGCAGAGGCAGUUUGAACUGGCGUCGUCACUGUCGCCCCUGCCGGGCGGAUUACGGGGUCUGCAUGGAGAAGGGCCGCCGCCGGUCUCUCGCGACGACCACCAGGCCUUCUUCCCCGAGCACGUCAUCGAGCCGUCACAGCUAGACGUCGACGCCUUUAUCGACAUGAGUCUGUGCACGUCGCCUGUGCCGCUGCCGCCGCCGCAACCAGCGUCCCAUUUUUACGACCACUCCAUGUCCUUCAGCAUGCCGACCAUCCCCACCAGCCUGGCGCCGCAGUUUCCCUACGGACAAACCCACCACCACCACCACCACCAACAUCCUCAUCCUCAUCACCAUCACCAGCCGUCACGCGAUCACAUGUUUGAUGGCUAUUUGACCGCGUCGCCCGGGACUACUACCACUGUGGUUCCCGCCCAUCGACCGGUGGCGACGGGAUGA